UUCUGCACCUCCUCUUCCCACAUUUCUUCUUCUCACAUUGCUCCCUUCGCUUGUCCAAGUGCUGACCAGCCCAAGCUAGGGAGAGCCCACAGUCUGCUCUUCACAUCUCUACUCUUCCAUCCGCCGUUUCCAGAGAAAAUGGCUGCUGCUACCUGCACAACCGCCAUGGCUGCUGUUGCCGCCGUCAGGAGCUGCACCAGUGGUGCGGUUUCCGCCAGGGCCGCUGUUAAGGCGGUCCCGCUCGCUUGCUCCGCAGUCUCCGCCGGCUCCUCGGCCAAGAUCUCCUCCGUCGCUGCCUUCUCUAACGUCUCAUCCUUCGCGCCGAAGACGAGCGUCAGCCAGAAGCCAUCGUCUCGCGCUCUCUCCGCGCGUGCUGAGGCAGCAGCAGACGCUCCUGUGUGCGUUGUUACUGGCGCCUCUCGCGGUAUCGGCCGGGCUAUCGCCCUUGCUUUCGGCAAGGCUGGUUGCAGGGUCGUGGUUAACUACAUCCUUAGCCCAGAGCCAGCUGAAGAGCUCGCCGCAGAGAUCGAGGCUGCUGGAGGCUCCGCCUUCCUCUUCAAUGCUGACGUCACCAGCGACGAGGAGAUCGACGCCAUGUACAAAGCGAUUCUGGAGAAGUGGGGCACUGUUGACGUGCUCGUCAACAACGCCGGCAUCACGAAGGACACUCUUCUGACGCGUAUGAAGCUGCAGCAGUGGAACGACGUGAUCAACAUCAACCUCACGUCCGUCUUCCGCUGCACGCAGGGCGCCAUCAAGAUCAUGAUGAAGAACCGGAAGGGUCGCAUCGUCAACAUUGCGUCCGUUGUGGGCGUCACUGGAAACGCAGGCCAAGCCAACUAUGCCGCCUCCAAGGCUGGUGUCAUUGGCUUCACGAAGACUGUUGCCCGCGAGUAUGCUGGCCGUAACAUCAACGCCAACGCAAUUGCGCCAGGCUUCAUUGCUUCGGACAUGACAGCAAAACUGGGCCCCGAGAUUGAAAAGAAGAUUCUCGCUGGCAUCCCCGCUGGUCGUUUGGGAACGCCUGACGAGGUGGCAGGGCUGGUCAAGUUCCUUGCUCUAGACCCAGCUGCGGCUUACAUCACUGGACAGGUUGUCAAUAUCGAUGGUGGCAUGGUUAUGUAAUCUGGAGACUGGGGACUCAGUUGUGAUGGAUGUUGAGUUGUGAUCUACAAAAUGCCCACUAAGGGCAGUAUAUCAGACAAGUCUGCAGAUCAAGUUUUGGUAGGAUAACAAGGACAUGAUGGAAAGGAUCUAUGUGUUAUGGAAGAACGAAGAAACGAGUCUGUAUAGAGAAUAUUUGCCGAGUGACGUAAUCCCCCGAAUAUAUCGCCGGAAUUAAGCUCCCCCUGGUGAUAUAUCCGGGGAAGAUAUACUAAUGAAGAAUCUGCAAUCAUGCACCCUCUUUAAGGGCUCCAGAAGACUGCCCCCGCUUGGUAAUUUUGCCCACGAUUU